AGUAGGUUAAAGGCUGCUCCCUGAAGCUACAGUCAGUCUUAUUGGUGUUGCUGUGAUGGUGUGACCAUAAGCUGCUAUUCCAGUUUUGUUAAUGAUUAAUGAGAAAGCCAGUGAAGAGGCUCAACUCAGUCCUUCUAUCUCCUGUCCUCAGUUGCGCCAUGACCUGCCUGGCUGCAUUGCUCCUGUUUGUUCUUCAGACAAUCUACCGGCCAUGUCAAGCUCAGGAACACAGUUCUCUGCGUUUUGUUGGUAUUGGAGACUGGGGUGGCAUUCCCUUCUCUCCCUUCUACACAGCUCAUGAGCAGAGGAUAGCUCAGGAACUGGGGAGAGUGGCCGAAAGUGUGGGCUUGGACUUUGUCUUGAGUUUGGGAGAUCACUUUUACUACAAUGGAGUCAAGAAUGUCGAUGAUAUACGCUUCAAGGCUACAUUUGAGCGUGUGUUUUCUCAUCCAGCUCUCAUUGCUGUUCCAUGGUAUUUGGUGGCAGGAAAUCAUGAUCACUUGGGAAAUGUGUCGGCUCAGAUCGCCUAUUCAACCAGAUCAGAGAGGUGGCAUUUUCCUGAGCUCUAUUAUGAGCUGCAUUUUAAGAUUCCUCACACCAACGUCUCCAUGACAGUCCUGAUGAUAGACACGGUGGUUCUGUGUGGGAACACUUAUGAAGGAGACCAGCCUCAAAGACCAGAGGACCCCACUCAUGCAGAACAACAGUUUGAGUGGAUCAAGAAGACGCUGCAAAACACCAAGUCUGAAUAUGUGGUGGUGGCUGGCCACUACCCUGUGUGGUCCAUCGGUCACCACGGUCCUACUCGCUGUCUGGUAGAGAAACUAAGACCACUGCUAAAGAAGUACAACGUCACUUUAUAUCUGAGUGGCCAUGACCAUAAUUUACAGUUUAUUAGAGAAGAGGAUGGAAGUUCGUUUGUUGUCAGCGGGAGCGGGGAUGUCCUGAACAACUCCACCAGCCACAUGAAGAGCUUCCCGUCCUCUUGGCAAGUGUUUUCUAGUGCCGUGAAUCACACUUUAGGUGGUUUUGUAUACUUUGAGGUGACCCAGAGCAAGAUGUCAAUUAGUUACCUGCAGUUAGAUGGGAAGUGUGUGUAUCAGACCUCUUUGCCUAAACGCACCAUAUGACAAACUGAAGAAGGCUUCAGAAUGAAGUGGCUCUGAAUGAACUGAGCAAAACUGAGCUUAAUUUACUUUAACCAGCCUCAUUGCACCUGAUCUAAUAAUAUAUUGCUGUAUUGUGUUUUCUCACUUGAUUUUCAUCCACUUCAAAAUUAAGUUUUUCCUGUCACAUCAUGGUGAAACACCUUUGUAAUUUCUGACAUUCAUCACACCGAUGUCCAGUUAAGCACAAUGAAAGAAAAUAAUGUUGAAAUUGUUCACCAGUCAGAAUCUCAGUGUCUGUAUGCCGUUAUGUAUGGCUGAAACAGCAUAAAGAGCAACAGUAUAAACAUAUAAA